AUUCCAAUACACUUCUUACGACAUGCCUAGCUUGGCUUUUGCUGUUGUUUUCCUUUCGAUUGCACUUGCAGUGAUAUCUUCCUGUGGCCAUUCACUGCUUGGCUGCAAUGAAGAAGAGAGGCAAGCUCUUCUUAGUAUCAAAAGAAGCUUCAAAGACCCAUCAUCAAGACUUUCCUCUUGGGAAGGAGGUGAUUGUUGCCAGUGGAAAGGUGUAGGUUGCAGCAAUAUUACAGGACAUGUUGUCAAGCUUGACCUCAGGAAUCCUUGCUUCCCACUAAGGGGCCAAGGAUAUUUUCAACAAAACUGUUCCUUCUACAAGUAUGUUCUUGAAGCUCAACAUGUCCAUUCUUCUAUAUUGCAACUUAAAUAUCUCACUUAUUUAGAUUUGAGUGGAAACCAUUUUCAUAAUACUUCAAUACCAAUGUUCAUCCAAACUAUGGAGCAUCUACAAGUCCUUUCUCUCUCUGACUCUCAUUUUUCUGGGAGGAUCCCUUACCAUCUUGGGAACCUCACUAAAUUGCUCCUUCUAGAUUUCAGCUUCAAUUCUCUUUUGUAUGCUGAUGACUUCAAUUGGAUUUCUCAACUCUCAUCACUCCAAUACCUUUACAUGAGUGAUGUGCAUCUUGGUAAGGCACAAAAUUUGUUGCAGGCACUCAACUCGCUUCCUUCUUUGUUAGAAAUAGAAUUGAUGAAUUGCACACUAAACAAGUUACACAUUCAUCAACAUGUUAAAGCCACAAACCUUUCCAGAUUGGAAAUCCUCAAUCUAGCAGAAAAUGGACUUCAGGCUCCAUUUCUGGAUGCUUUUCAAAAUAUGACUUCCCUUGCAGAGAGUGAUCUCUCGUACAACAACCUGAAUUCCAUUCCAUUCUGGUUGAGAACCUGUAUUAACCUUCUCAAUCUUUAUGUUAAUAGUAAUGCUCUUUAUGGCUCACUUCCAUCUGCUUUACAGAAUCUGACUUCCUUGAUUUCCCUCGACCUAUCUGAAAACAACUUUGAUUAUGUUCCAUCGUGGUUAGGUGAGUUAAAGAGUCUUCAAUACUUCGAUCUUUCAGGAAAUAAUGUAAAUCAUAUUGAGGGAUCUCUAACAUCUAUUCUGGGAAACUGUUGCCAUCUUCAAACAUUAGAUAUGUCAAAAAAUAAUAUUCAAGGUGAUGCAUUUGGAAGCAGUAUACGGUCUGGAUGCAUUAGGUAUGAUUUAAUGCAACUGGAUUUGAGUAACAAUGAAUUUAAUGAUGGUUUGCCAGCAUGGUUGGGGAAACUUGAAAAUCUAAGAGAUUUGCUUAUAUAUGACAGUAAUUUGGUUGGGGCCCUUCCUUGUGCUAUGAUAACAAAGCUUGUCAAUCUAGAGAACUUGGUGCUUUUCAAUAAUAACUUGACUGGUUCUCUUCCUGACUGUAUUGGGCAACUUGUCAAUUUAAACACUUUACUUCUUUCUUCUAAUCAUUUUCAUGGUGUCAUUCCUAGGAGUCUAGAGCAGCUUGUAAGUCUAAAGUAUCUAGAUCUUACAAGAAACUCUUUGAACGGUACAAUUCCUCAGAAUAUUGGUCACCUUAAAAAUUUGAUCACCCUCUAUCUUUCUGAAAAUAUUUUACAUGGAAAUAUUCCCCGUAUUGGCCAACUUCUGAACCUGCAGAACUUAGACAUGUCUCUAAAUUAUUUGGAGAGUUUGGUGUCUGACAUAACAUGGCCCAAGCAACUUGUCUACUUGAAUCUCACCAACAACCAUAUCACUGGGUCACUUCCCCAAGAUAUUGCUGAUAGGUUGCCCAAUGUUACUCACUUGCUUCUUGGAAACAACCUUAUAAGUGGUUCCAUUCCAAAGUCAUUGUGCAAAAUGGACUCCUUGUACAAUCUUGACCUUUCAGGCAACUUGUUAUCAGGUGAAAUUCCUAAUUGUUGGAGUGCUACUCAACAAAAUCUCAGUGAGAUAAAUUUGGCAUCCAACAAAUUAUCCAGUGUUAUUCCAAGCUCUCUUGGUAACCUAUCCACGUUGGCUUGGUUGCAUUUGAACAACAACAGCCUUCAUGGGGGGUUUCCAUCAUCUUUGAGAAAUUUGAAACAUCUUCUAAUUUUGGAUGUAGGAGAGAACCAUCUGUCUUGGACUAUACCUUUAUGGAUGGGGAACAUUUUCUCCUCGUUGCAGAUUCUAAGGCUACGGCAAAACAAGUUUCAUGGAACAAUUCCUUCACAACUGUGCCAACUUUCUGCACUGAAAAUCUUGGACCUUUCAGACAACAACUUGAUGGGCUCAAUCCCUCAAUGCAUUGGAAAUUUCACAGGAAUGAUUUUAGGAAAGAAAUCUUCUGCCACCGAACCAAGUGAAGGGCCUAGAAAUCUUGAAUGGUAUGAACAAGAGGUCAGACAAGUCAUAAAAGGAAGAGAACUUGACUACACCAGAAAUCUAAAACUGGUAGCCAACAUGGAUUUGUCAAAUAACAAUUUGAGUGGAUCUAUUCCUGAAGCAAUAACACUGCUUUCUGCAUUGCAAGGCCUAAAUCUAUCAUACAAUCAUCUAUCAGGGCAUAUCCCUAAAAGGAUAGGGAACAUGAAAUCCCUAGAAUCUCUUGACAUCUCUCAUGACCAACUUUCAGGCACAAUUUCAUACAGCAUAUCAAGCUUAACUUGGUUAAGCCACUUAAAUUUGUCCUACAACAACCUUUCGGGACAAAUUCCCAAAGGAAAUCAAUUGUCAAGCCUUGAUGAUCCUUUUAUUUAUAUUGGCAACCCAUUUCUCUGCGGAACUCCACUCCCAAAUAAGUGUUCUCCUGAUGAUUCCCAACAUGGCAAUGAAGAUGAAGACGGCAAAGAGGAUAAACUAGAGACAUUUUUGUUUUACUUUGUCAUAGCACUUGGAUACGUUAUUGGUUUUUGGGUUGUGAUUGGAAGCUUAUUGAUGAAGAGAAAUUGGAGACAUGCUUACUUUCAAUUAAUUGAUGAGUCAAUGAUGAGGAUAAAAGUAUCAAGGACAUUUAGCAAGUUUUAAGGAGUGACACAGUACUCUUUAUGCCUGCUGUUUCUGUUUUAUAAGAUUUCAUUUUUAUUUUGCUUGAUGUGUAAUUACUUCACCUUUGUAAAGGGGUGGUAAUGCUACUUGUAGAAUUUUCCUUGUCAUGCAAAUAGGGUAGUGAUGUUUUAUUCUAGUUUAAUUAAUAACUGUUGCCAGCUUUAGCUGUUCCCUAUUCACCAAUAGUCUUAGUUUGCUUUAAUUUUUGUAGAAAGGAAGAUAACUUCUGACAAGUAUGAGUCAGAAAAGGAGAUGACUCUCCUUACUCUUUUACUAAGCAUUAGCUCUUACGAAUUUAUUUAAAGUUCAUAUUUCAUGCAUGUGCCCCAUAAAAACUGUUCUGCUAUUAUGGCAAUGAAUGUCUUGUAUGCACAAUAACUUG